AUGGCUCUCACCACUGCCAUCAAGUCUGCCCUGCAGAAGACAUCCACUGCAUACGGUUUCUGGCUCACACUCCCCGGCUCCGGCGUCGCAAAGACAAUCCUCCGCUCAACAGCACAGCACGCAAACCGAUUCAGCUGGGUCCUGGUCGAUGCCGAGCACGGGCUGAUUACCGAUCGGGAUUACUACGAGUUAACGAAUGCCGUUGCUUCUGAAGGCGCCAGCCCGCUUAUCCGUGUUCCAUGGGGCGAGGAGUGGCUGAUCAAGCGUGCGCUUGAUGCUGGGGCGCAUGGAAUUGUAACUCCUAUGUGUCAUUCUGAGGAGGACGCCGCCAAGGUCGUGCAGUACUGCAAGUACCCCCCGACAGGUUCUCGAGGGUACGGGCCUAUGUUCGCGCUGCAUGCAUUCCCGGGUGUUGAUGGUCCGCAAUACGAUGCGGGUGCGGACAAUGAGACCGUUGUCUUUGUGCAGAUCGAGUCGAAGUCUGGCCUGGAGAGCGUUGAGAAGAUUGCUGCGGUGAAGGGGUUGGAUGGUGUGCUGAUUGGUCCCUUCGAUCUCGCCAAGCAAAUAGGUGUCCAGCGCAGUGGACCAGAGCACGAAGCUGCUAUCCAGCGGAUCCUGAAAGCGGCUAAGUCUGCCGGCAAGAAGGCGGCUAUUUUCUGCACCGAUGGCACAGACGCACAGAACCGCGCGCAACAGGGAUUCGAUAUGGUUUCGAUUAUCACGGACGUGGGCGUCUUGGGUGGCGGUAUGCUGCGCGAACUUGGUGUAGCGAGUGGCCAGGUUGAGGGAGGGAAGCCUCGUGAUGGAUACUAG